AUGUAACGCAGUUUUUAGGCCGCAUCUUCUCAAGAUGCCUUUUGGGUUCAUGACAUCCGAGUUGGUAUUAUUUAAAGGCCUUCCCUCUCCUGCUUUUCUCAGGAAACACCAAAACAUAAGCUACCUCCACACAGCACGUGCUCAGGAUACUCACUUACACCACACCCAACAUCCAUCCACGCCCUCAACACGCCAUACAAUAUAUCAGUGCAUCACCCAAGGCGCCAGUAACCGCACAAUAUGGUAUUCGGAACUUCCAACAAGGAUAAGGAGAACAAGGAGAACAAGGAGAGCCCCGAUGUGGCUCAUAUUCCUCCACAUGUCUCUGAUCUCCAUUGCUUCAGCGAAACUGGCGGUAUUAUAACCACCACCAUGAACGAUCUGCCCGGAUAUCGUGUCACCAAGGUCCUCGGUGCCGUCUAUGGCAUCACCGUUCGCUCCCGGAACAUCGCCGCCGGCAUCACCAUGGUUAUCAAGAGUAUGGCUGGUGGUGAACUGAGCUGGUUCACCUCCAUGCUCUACAACUGUCGCAACGAGUCCGUGAGCCGUCUUGUCGAGGAGACGCGCAACAGGGGCGGCAACGCUGUCAUCGCUUUACGGUUCGACGCUGCCGACCUGGGCGGCUUUGCUCAGACUACCGCGUAUGGCACUGCUUGUGUCGUCGAGAAAAUCGAGGGAGCCAAUGUUGAGGCAACUCAGCUCCUGACCUAGGAGGCAAUGGUGCCACGAACACUGACCACCACAUGCUUGAGUAAUACUUGAGUAGGAUAUCUCGGUAACUGGGGUGAUAUGGUUUGAAUAUAUGGUUUAAGUUUGAGUAUUAGUGUUUCUUAUAUGGAGGUUGUUUUUUUGGAUUCCUCGGCUGGAGAGUGUGUGUUGCCUGAGGUUAUGUCUAGCAGAUCACGAGAUUUCCAAUUUCGAGUGUAUGCCACGGCAUUACGGGCCCAAAGUAGUGAAACUCGUUUCUCCGUAGAAAUCAUGGUGAAUUACCGCAUUGCAGCCUUAAUAUAUAAGAUUUCAAUCCUG